CCCCCGAAGUUCCUGCUACUGAUUAUGUAGGUAUGUAUUAUUCUAGUCUUCACUCCAGAACUCUCUCCAGCUUCUGGCCAACCGACUUCACUAUAUCGUAAUUCUAAUAUAUUCAUCCCGACUUUCAAAUUUUCUAAAUUACCAGCUUGUCUCAUUGUCCUAUCAUUUCACGCUUUGAAUCGUAAAGUAUUGCACCUUCUCCUACUGCACUUGAUGACAUCCCCUAGGUAGUCCUUGCCCGGACAUCCGAAUGGCGGACUAAUUUGCCCGGAGUGCUUUACCCCCCCAGGACCCAUCAUUCUAGUUUCAGUGUAAUUUACUUUGGAUAUAAACUAGCGUAAUUGAAUUUUUUUUUAAUGAAUUUUUGUUUUUUUUAUAUAUGUGUAUUAUCUGGCAAUUAGGUGUUGCUUAUCCACUAAACAAAAACAUUUUUAACUUGCUAUUAGAAUCGUAUUAGGUGGGUAACGUAAUUUAAAAAAUUGGGUCACAAACUUUUUGUAUUCUAACACAGUAAAUAAAGCAAAUACAUAACUAAUGAGUCUAAACCAUUUGAAUGCAAGGAAUGUCAAAGAAAGAAACGGUUAACAAAUGGUCUAAAAGGUUAAUAAAACAUAAAUUUAGGUUAUAGACACCUGUUUAGCUGAUUAACGUAGUAGUGCAUAAAUAAAAAAAUAGUAUUUGUUUUCAAAAAAGUACGAGACACGCUGGUGAAUAUAUCUACGUGUAUUAUGAAAUAUAGCCUGUGGUAUUAGGUAUAUUAGUAAAUUAUUUUUAUCCGGUAAUGUAAUCAUAAUCAAAGUUAAAUCCUCCCACCAGUUGACGUUUUGUCGUUUUGUGUAGAAACAAGAAACAAGUUUGAUGAUUUCAGAUGUAACGUUAUUGAAAUUCCACCAGAAGAUAGUUUAGAAAUUGACACAUAUCUUGAUUUGUUUAUGGCAAAUAGAAUUUAUGAUUUUAAAUUAGAAUCAAAAAAUGACAACAGAACUUAGUGCUGGUGCGAUACCUCCCAUUUACCGCGAAAUUUAUGAUAUUUCCUCAAUAAACGGCGAAUUAAUCCACAAAGAUGUAUAUAAAUGUUUGUUAUCAACUUUUAAUUUAAAUACUGCAACUUUAAAUGUAAUUUGGGAUUUAACAACAAACUGCGACAGCUGUGUAACUAGAACUAAUUUGUAUAAAGGGUUAGCAUUAGUUGCUUGGGCACAGCAAGGAAAGAGCCCUUCAGAAAAACUAUUUGAUAAUUUUACCAGUGCAGAAUAUCCGACUCCUCUUCUGAGUGAUUUAACUUCAGUAAAAGAACUAAAAACACAAUUAUCAUUAAGGUUAAAUCCAGCAACAUUUGGCCUUACUUACUCUGAAAUAAAACAAUUAGAUAGUGUAAGUGUGGAACUGCUGCCCGAGAAAAAGGGAAUUUUUAUUAAGUAUUAUGAGUAUGUUGUUUCUUCAAAAAGAUUUAAUAGUAGAGUCACUAGACGUUACACAGAUUUUGUUGCUCUGUAUGAUUCUCUACUAGGAUGCUUCCCAUACAGAAUGAUUCCACGUUUACCACCAAAAAGAAUUGUGUCUGAUGCAACAUUUUUGGAAUUAAGAAGACGUGGUUUACAGAGGUGGCUGACUUUAAUUUGUAGGCAUCCUGUAAUUUGUUAUGAUGGAAUUAUUUCCUUUUUUCUAACAGAUAAAGGUACAGAUGUCGCACAGCGAAUGAGAGAAAUUUAUAGGAGGGCCCCAGAUGAGUUUAUGACUUCUGAAAUUUCUGCUUAUGCUAAGAAACUACUUCCAAAGAAUUGUACUGAGUUUGCAUCCAGUCGUGAGCAAGUUCGUAAUUUGGUCCAUGUAGUUAGUAGACUUAAACAAAUUACAGAUAAUGAGGUUGAGAGAAGAAAUUCAGAUGCCAGGGAUUCGGAAGAGAUGGCUAAUCAGCUAAAGAACCUUUCAACAAUGAAAGGAGGACAUAUCAACUCAGGAAAUUGGAACCAAAUGCAAAAAGGCUUUACUUACAUUGCUAAGGAGUUGACAACAACUUCUAUAAAAAUUCACCAACAUUCUGCGAUGGAGCAAAUAACUAUAUGUGAAAGGUUAGCACUCUUGCUCGACAUUCUUUUGGCUCAUCGAGAUUUAUGCGAUCGUUUGGAAAAAGGUUUGGCUCAUGAUCAUCAAUUAGCUUUAUCAAAAAUGCUAACGCUUAAAAAAAGAAAGAUUCAAGGCGUCAUUAGGGGUACAGAUUCUGAAAGUGUUGAACAAUUAGAGGCGAGAAUGCUUACUCAGGAAAAUAUAAUCACCAACAUUGAAUUGAGAUCUGAUUUUAGUCUUUACUGUGUACAUAUGGAAACACAAUUAGUACAUGCAUAUCUUGACACGCUAUCUCCUAUCAUUGGCAGUUUGAUAACUUUAAGGGUUCGGUCAAAUUCAGAGUUGGCUGAUAUUUGGAGGCAAGUUUUACCUACUGCUGAAAAAUUUUUUACAUUUGAGGGUGGUGCUAUCAAUGGUGAAACGUCAAUUAGUAAAUAGGUAUUUUUUUUGUACAAAGUUGUAUAUACAUCUUGAUUUUGCCUUGCGAUUGUAAGAGUCAUACUGUUAAAUUUAAUAAUUGUGGUCUUAUAGAUUAGGGGGUGUUGUUUUAAUUAUUAUAAAUAUUAAUUGAUAUUAUACAUUUGACCACUAAGUUAAAAAGUUUCUGCAUUGUUUAAUAAGUUCUUUUGUUUGUUUAAUUAUGCACAUUUUGAUUUUCCAUUUAAUUAAUACAAUGUGUGCUGUAAUGAGAACGUAAAUCUUAAUACAAGCAGUAAACUGAGAAAUCUAAGUCAAUAAAUUAAAUUUAUUUUAUUUUAUACAACUAAAAAUACGCUUUAAUACAUUUGGAUUUAUAAAGGGCAUAUAUUGUGUAUUUUCCAACUUUGUACUAGAACAGAUCUGGAAAUUUCUAUUUUAAUGGAGUACAAUACUCGUUUAUCAUGGGUACCUCUUUGAUGUGAUAUUUGACAUAAUCAUGCUUUUACUAAUUGUAUGUGCAGGACAAUCUAUUUUAUUGUAUUUGAUUUUUAUUACAUAUAUGGAUAUGGUUUAACAAAUUACCCUUUAUUUUUAAUGUACCGUAAUUAAUAAUCUUCCUUCUUUUUUAAAAUAUGUAUUAAUUUCGGUGUUUGCUAAUUACUAGGUGAUAUUGUAACUACUAUUUAUUAAGUACAUCUGCACUGCAUGACGUAUUUUCUUAUCGAAUACAUUCCUACUCCUAGACAUUGUAUAAGAGAGAUUAUUUUUACAUUUAUUAGCUAGAGACAUGUAUAUGUACAUUUGUUUAUACAAAGUUGAAAUUUGAUUAUUAAUA